CAAAAUAUAAAUCAACUUCCUUGUGCGGGAGUAAGUAGAGAUCGUCGGAGAAGCUCGUGUCAGAGACUGAUGCAGCUUUGGUCUUCACAAUCUCGUAAUUUGUCCAGAAAAAUGACGCAAGGCCACAAAAGCAAGCAAACCCUUCAAGUGUUGACUAAAAAAUCAUGCGGAAGGUGGAAAACAAAGACAAUCGUGCUGAAAAAUAUUGUGGAAAGCCAAAAAAAACAGGAGAGCUUUACAUAUACCACCCUUUGCAGGCAAAAGCAUUCCGCAAGUUCUACCCAGGAAAUGGGACUGUUAUCCACAUUUCGCCUCACAGCCAUGCGGUAAUUCGAGGUUUGUCCCAGGAUGGCAUGGAAAACGUUAUGUGCUUGUUGAAAUUGCAAGAGAAUGAAAAAGAUGAUUUGCAUUGCCAAUUUUUCUUUGCGUCUACUGAACAAAAGGUUUCUGAUUUUUGCAAAUUAGGGGAUACUAUUCAAGAGCUAUGCGAAGUGAGCACAUUUGCGGUUGAUGUGCUAUCAACUAAUGGCAGGAUUACCCCAGGUCCAGCCUAUCUUCACUUUAGCAAAAACAGAGUGUUUCUAUCUUCAAAAAUACCCACCAUUACAAUCCUGAAAGAAUGGCAGUUUCGUUCACUCCAAAAUUUUCAUUUCGAGGUGUUAGGAAUUCACAUUUAUGACACAGUGGACCAUUCACAAGAGGAAGUCUUUGUUUCCUGCAGGUCAAAUAAGGAUAAUCGUAGCAUUCAACAGAUMAUUUCAUCACAAUGUCCUGGAAUGCCUACCAUGCCUCAAUCAGUUUUUCAGAGAGAGCAAAAUGAGCUGCCAAUAAUGUUACCACCAUCACCAACAUCAUCUACAAACAAUUCUGAUUCAUUAUCAUCAUGCUUAUCAGAUACGGAAUUGCAGACAAUACUGGAGGGCCCAGAUAACAAUGAUUGUCAACUUAAAAAGCUUAGUAAAAGCACCUCUUCAAAUGAAUUACAAAAAUCACCUCUCAAACAAACUCAAAGAAGCCAACCUGUUAUCAAAAAGGCAAUUCAAAGUCCUGGACAUUCCGUUAAAGAACAUGUUGUUAUUCGUUUUCCAACUCAAAAAAGGAGCAAAAGCAUAUCAGAUUUGAGAUUAAGACCACUCAAUGAAAAAGAACAAGUAACACUGCAACCGAGAGCUUUCUCUCUUGAUAGCGACCAAGCAUUUACCCUUAAACAGAAAUCUAAAGCUAAUGGUGAAUGGAUUAAAAAAGAUCAGGGUCUGGAAGAAAGUGUAACAGAAAGUAACUGUGACGGUAAUAGUAAUGGAGAGAAUACAGGCCUGGAAACUGCACUUGACAUGAGGCAGAAAGAAAGUGAUACUCAUAGUGCACAACCACAGGCAUUAACACUAAGGGAGCCCAACACAAACAAACCAGACUGUUCACCUCACUAUGAAAACUUUGAAUCCAGACCCAAUUGUUACAUGUACUGGAAUACAUCCUUUCCAGACGAUGCACCUGAAGUGCCGAAAACCUAUGUUAAUGUCUUUUGUGGUAGUAGUAUCAAGUGUUGUUAUGAGAACUGGCACAGUGGUGUGUUUGAUCAUGAGUUUAAUUACUCAUCUAUUGAUGAACUGUUUGCUGAGCCUCCUCCUUUGCCUCAACCAAGGCGACCACCACCUAGGUUACCGCCUAGAGUGAAUAAAGACAGCCAUAGGGAGUUGUAUCCAGGUAGACGAUUCAGGAACAAGGUGUUUGCUCCAGAGGUGCCACAACGGCCGCCGAAACGACCACCAAAGUCUUCAAAUCUUUCUGUAGAGAUCAAACCAAAUACAAUUCAAUCUGACAUAUCGAGCACAGCUGAAGUCCAAGGAGCACCAAAAAUACAAGUAGCUCUGUUUGCUUCUCCACCCGUUAGUGGCCUGGUUUGGUUCUUGCGUGUAGCAUUUAUGCAUCAGGAUGAAAGCGACACAACUUUUAAGCGAGUGAAAGGGGUUGAAGAAGCAAGCAAACACAAGUUAAUAAAAAGUGAGCUUUUGGAGGUUUUUGCUGACAUCAAUGUUGCAAUGAAUGUACAAACUACAGGAUUUGACCUCCUUAAUGACUCUCAACAGGAAGUCGAGAGCAGUGACAUUGACAACCUCAGAAAAGGAGACUGGUUUGUGAUUGAGUUUCGCAUCAAGCAAUCUGACCACACCCAAGUUCAGUUUGAUGGAAGCUUUUUAGUAGAGCCAAAAGCAAUAAAGUCCUGUAGGAGAACAUGCAAGAUUUCCUUUGGCAUCAGUGAAAACUUCCAGACAAAGCCAACACUGUCAUCUACUGAAACACCACCAACAUCCAAGCCCUUAAAGAUCAACUUCAUUCAAUACGAAAAAUUGUGCAAAGCAUUAGACCCAAUUACGAGUUCUUCACAGGACUGGAGACACAUGGCUAAUGCAUUAGGUUUCACACGAGAAGAAAUAGAUUUGUUAGUCUCAAAGUACCACAGAAAUGUUCAUUUCUCUCCGACAGAUGAAAUACUACAAUCAUGGGAGCAAAGAGAUCCGAACUGCUCCCUACAAAGACUAGUUAAUAUUUUACGAGAACUUGAAAGAUUGGACAUAGUACAGGACUUGGGGUACUGUAUUGAGCCUGAAGAAAAGUUUAAUGAUGGAUUUAAGAAAAUCUAAAGUUAGUUACACGUCUAAAAUUAAUAUUUUCUUUGGUUUAAAAAAGUUUUUUUUCAAAAUGAGCAAAUGUCUUGUCUAUAAUCUUGUUCAAAAUUUUGAAAAAUCUUUUUCUCCAAAGUUUUUGUGCAUAAGAGUUUGACAUUAAAUUAGUAGAUAUCAGAGUUACACACUAUUGACUUCAAACAAUUUAUUGCUUCAUUUAGGGUCAAUAAUAUGUUAAACUGACCCAAAUGCCUUGACAAAAAAAAUGUUCAUGAAGCUCAAUGUAUAACACGUAUCAUUCUAAAUACAUAAUACUAAAACUAAAAAUCAAAAAAGUCUUAAAGCGCUACUCUGACGAAAAUCGCUCAAACUUGGAUUCAGCUGAAACUUCCUAAGAAUACUUUUUAAAGGUC